AGACACAGAGGCUGAGGAGGAGAGCGAGAAACAGAGAGUCAGUGUGUGUGAGAGGGCGCGUGGAUGAGGGGGGGAAGAGAGCAGAGGGGGGCGCGACAGAGACAGCGAGAGGGGGAGGAUGCCUGUUUGGAGCAGCAGGCAUCAAGGAGCGCGAGGGAUGGCAUAUUAGACCAUUACCAUGAGCAGAGCCCAGGCCCUCUGCUAAAGGGCUUUCCCAUCUCUUAAUAAAAACAUAUUCCCCCAAAUGUCUCCUGUCCCCAGCAGGGCUCUGCCAGCUGGUCCCUCCGCUCCUUCGGAAGCCUGUAGAAAGAAGGGAAGUUUAUUUUUUUGUUAAGUGUUGAAAAGGGAUCUUGUUAAGUGAGGGCCAAAAGGCAGAGCGGUGGAGGAGGAGGAAGGGGAGGGGCAGUGCUGAAAUCAGGGGAGCUGCAGCGUGGCCCCUUUCAGGAGGUCUGUAUGCACCUGGGGGGUGCGUGCAGUAAGCUAUUCUGAGCGCCUCCAAGCAAAGCUGCGGCAGCGACAGCUCAGCAGAUGUAGAUGCGUGUGUGUGCAUGCUUAACCCUUUCUUGGCUCCCUGGAUUUAUACCAUGCUGAAGACCCUAACUAAAAAGCUCAGGGACCAGAGUUUGAAUGAGAUCCAGCCUUUCGAGCUAAAGAUCUCCUACCCCCCAAGUGAUGAGGAAGACAGCGAUGACUCUGAGGGAGAGAACCAGGAGCUUGCUCAGAUCGACAGAGAGAGAAGACGGAAUUGCACAUUGACCCCUCUUGCAACCAACCAGCUCCAGAACCAGGAGAAUCAAUGCUGUAAAGUCCGGGCCCUUUUCCAUGCCAGCCUGGAUCGCCACAGCUCUGAAGAGGAGUUGGAGCGCAUCAACCGAGAGUUUGCCACCGAGAAGCGCAAGUGGUCACAGGUCAGCCGGCUUUCCUGCUGUGGUGACAGCAACAACACCUCCUCCAGUGACGAGGAAGUGAAGAACUUGUGUGGCAUGUCCUUCCGGCCUGUGGUGGAACAAGCCGAUGGUCUGCAUGCUAGCCCUAGCCCAGUGCUGUUCAGUGCCUCCCCUCCUAAGAGACUCCAGCCUCUGGUGCGGAACCCAGCCUCCAGGCCUCUGAUCUUCACAAGCGUAGGAGCUGGCUUUGAGCAAGUCAUGCCUUGUAAGAGACACCGGCAAGGCUACGGGGACAAAGUCAGCAGACCCAGCCUUGACCUGGAAAAAAUGCAGCAGAAAAUGCUGCUCAAGAAGAACUGCGGAGCAAAAACAAGAGUUAUUAAAAUUCGUAAUGUCAAUGGGAGCCGCCCACCAUCUCACUUAGUAUACGACCCAUCAACCUUUGCCUUCCGUUCCCUCAGCACCUUGAAGCCCCUCAGUCCAAUAGCUCCAGUUGAAGAACCAUCAUGUGCCUACUGAAGGAGUUUCUUCGAAACCUCAGGAACUGUUGUACCCACCCACCCUUCUGGCAGGGAUGGGAUGGGA